AUGGCUCCCUCAGCGCUGUCACUUCCCGAGCUUUUAGAGCAAAUUUUCCGACACUUCGACGCUAGAACUCUUCUCGCAGUUGGAAGAGUGUCGACGCUGUUCAACACCAUGGCUCAGGAGGAGUGGCGCUACCGCGUUCACAAGUAUACCGGUCCUUUUGUUACCGACGUCAACCACUUCUACUUUAUACUGGGAGGAGUUGAAGGAGUCGUAUCCGGCUCCACGGCUCUCGCCGUCAUCCUGCGAGGUUCUCCUUUCGGAGAUUUCCUGAGUCCUACGUCGGAUUUGGACAUCUAUGUCCCCAGUCAGGCUGCGAGCGACGAGAUGGUUCGGUACUUUGCUGAAUUUGAAGGGUACCAAGUCGACUCAACAACUGUCGCAUCGGGAGACCACGUCAUGAAACGCAAACCUGAGUCGAUCGUGUCGCUGACUCGCUUACGGAGGGUCAAGGACGAUCUGGUGCGCUCCGUCGACAUUAUCGUUGGCGCAAAGGAUGCCGCGACUACGCCGCUCUUCUCCUUUUGGGGUUCGCUUGUUAUGAACUAUAUCUCGGCCACAUCCGUCGUGUGUUCGUACCCUCGCCUUACCCUCGACGGUCGCUUCUUUGUUCGACCUGGCGUGGCGAGAUCUUCUAUCGCCGAGCCGUUGGAUAAGUACCGGUCGCGAGGAUUCAUCAGCGCUCUCCACAGAGGCCACUCUGCUGGUUGCAAGUCCCUUCAAUCGUACUGCCCUGGAAGGUUCAGACACACAGAGGAUCCUGCUUCCAUGCGGGUGGAUUGGCAAUCUCGUCCGGGAUAUACGCUGCCGUACUGCGUUAAGUCCCCAAGCAGCGUACCGGCGGCUUAUUGGAAAUGGGAAACGUGUUCAUUUGUCAAGUACGAUCUGCCGUACGAGGAGAUAUCUAAGGACGGCUGCGCAGUUGGAAGACUGUAG